AUGAUUACACUUCAGGAUGUGGAGGUCCUCUUUGGAUUGCGGGUAGAUGGAGAGCCACUAUAUACUCGGUACGAGCCUCCUCCUGGUCAGACGUGGGUGACAGAGUUGACUAGGCUCACCCAUUUCGUGCCUAAUGCCGCGGCCCAGAUAUCAGGACAGAGUUGGGUUCAGCUUAGUGCACUCUGCAUUUAUUUGGAGGGUCUGGAUCCGAUUGUGGACGGCACCCAGCAGGACGAUGUUGAUCGUCAUGAUCGUUUGUACCUGCUUAUUAUAUUCGGGGGCAUCUUAUUCCUGAACUCAUCGGGUGCCUUUGUCAGUUUACGUUAUUUAGUUUUCUUGGAGCAUCUGGACUGCUUGGGAGAUUACAGCUGGGGCGGUGCUGUUUUGGUGUAUCUUUACAGAUGCCUGUGCCGAGCAUCUAUUGGUGCUGUUAGAGAUGUGUGUGGAUUUUUUGCUCUUCUCCAGCCCGUACCUAGGCAUCACCUCGAGAUUGACAUGCCUUAUGCAAGGAGGUGUACAACGGGUUUUGACGGGGAUGUAGAUACGCACCACAGUAUUCUUCCAUUCCGGCACCACCUUGAUCACAUGACGGACGAUGCGCUAUUUAUAUGGACGCCGUACGCUGUUAUAUUAGAUAGUUUGUCGGACUUUUGCAGGGCAGGUCAGGGGGUUUGGAGGUCGUGGUGUCCAUUGAUACACCUGGACAUCGUAGAGGACUACAUGCCCGAGCGUGUCUUAUGA